ACGCACGUAGUUGCACCACGAAAAUAGCUUAAAUACGAGACCACUACUGAAAGUGCGUCAUUCGUUCGAAUCGUACCGUACAACACAGUUCAGCAGUAAACACAAACAUGGCUCCAGGAGGAAAAUCAACAGGAAAGGCGAUGAAAAAAUCGUCGGGCAAAGCGCAAAAGAACAUCGUCAAGGCAGGAAAGAAACGCAAGCCCAAGAGGAAAGAAUCGUACGGUAUUUACAUCUACAAAGUGCUGAAACAAGUACACCCCGAUACCGGCGUCUCCUCAAAGGCUAUGAGCAUCAUGAACAGCUUCGUCAAUGAUCUUUUCGAGCGCAUCGCCGCCGAAUCCAGCCGGCUGGCUCACUACAACAAGCGUUCGACAAUCACCAGUCGGGAAAUCCAAACAGCUGUCCGUCUCUUGUUGCCCGGUGAAUUGGCCAAGCACGCCGUCAGCGAAGGCACAAAGGCUGUCACAAAAUACACCAGCUCCAAGUAAUCGAACGUAACGAUAAUAUUUCAUAACCUACUACGAUAGGUAUUAUAACACUAAAAAGGCCCUUUUCAGGGCUACCAAUUUUUGAACUAUAAGCCUUAAACCCGCAUUUGUUACUCCUACCAUUUACCUGUAAACCCCAAUAAAAAUAAAGGAAAAUGUCAGUUUUGACAUGCUGAUGGUUUUCCAUUAUCGUUGCCACUUGCAACCUGGUUUUCAUACAUAUUAUUGUUAUUAUUAUCUGGCCGAUACGUCGUGUUAUGUUGAUGCAAAUCGCUUAAUUUUCAUGCAAGUUUUUUAUUUUAUUUUCCACCGUUAUAUAUAUAUAGCAUUGAACUAUAUUAUGAUUAUAGUCAACCUGUCAACCCUAGUUUACUGGGCUGUCACAUAUUAUUUUCACGUAAUGUUAUGCGUUUUUCUUGCGUAUACUUUCCUGGCGAGGUCUCUCAGUAGGGUCCAGUAAUCAUAUUAUAUAUACUAAUAUUAUAUCAUUAUUAUUAUGAAAUAACAAAUUUAUAAUAAUAUUAUAUUAUUUUUCAAUGCUGGUGUGCAGCUUAUUAUAUGCCAUUAUGCCAAUGUAUUAUCGAAAGAUAGGUACAUUGUACAUAUACAAUGCUGCGAAUAAAAUAUGAAUUAUUAUUGCAAUGCUUUGAAUAUUCUAGGCAAAGUGUUUAUUUUAUACCUUUGAUGUUUGAUACAUAUUACACCAGCUUGCAUUGUACCUACACUAUAAUAAGAGAAACAAUAUACGACUAUACGAGUAUUCAGAAAAUUAUUAGUGUAUGUAGGUACACUAUCUAUAGUAGCAACUUGAUUCACUUUCCUAGUUUCCUACCAGAAAAAGUGCCGAAGUAAAAAUUCGAAGCAUUCCUACUGCCCAAAAAGGUGAAGACAUACACAAAAUUAAAAUUAAAUAAAAAAACACAUUGUAUAGAAUCAAUACCUUCAUCAAUACAAAAUAUAAGUUAAAUUUAAAGUUAAGUUAUUUUCUAUUAUUUAAACCUGUAAAAGCUAGGUACAAGCUAAUUAGAAAAUAAAAAAAACCCUAACUUAGUUAAAAAUAAAUACAUUUCUAUUUUUUUUCCAUAUAAAAUUAAUAUUUACACCCUUUUUGAAAGCUAAAAAAUAGUAUAGUAAUUUAAAGGUCUUAUUUGUAGUUUUAAACAAAUGCAUGUACUCAGUACGAUCAAGCAUUGAUACAAAAUUAAAUAUUAGGAUUUAAUUAAAUAUAUUUCAUACCAAAGGUACUUAUUUCAUAUUUGAAUAAUAAAAUAGCUAUUUUAUGUAGAAAUACACCUGAGCUAUAAAACUGAGUGUAGUUACAGUUUGGUUUUGACUGCUUAAAAACUGUUUUGUAAGGUAGGGCGAGGUAUGUAUAUUAAUAUAUUAUACAGGCUGUAACAUUGUAACAGGAAAACUUGAUAAAUCAAAUAAAUUUUCUUCUAAUCAAUGUUUUAAUUUAUUUUAUAUAUAUU